AAGACGAAGAAGUUAUGGAGCAGGGUCCUGAGACGGAUUCCUUCAACGGGAUGGCAGUGAGUCUGUUUAGGACCCUGCUCACCUACUCAACUACGUCCAACGUACUCUGCUCUCCACUCGGUAUAGCUGCGGCCAUUGCUGCAUCGGCAGUAGCGGAUUCCCAACAUGGUGCUCACCUCGAGAGGCUGAUCCAAGAGGUGAGCGUCCGUCUUCGACAGAGCUGUGACAGUGCGAUUUCAAGGUGUCGUUUAUACGUGGACAAGGGUAACCUGCAAUCCGAAAAUAAAUCAUUCUUGGAAAAGGAGCUGGCCACCCAAAUGGAACCGGCGGACUUCAGCAAACCACAAGAAUUAGUGGGAGUCAUCGGAAAGUGGGCAGAACACUUGACACGCGGUGCCAUCAGACAGGUGGUGCCCCCAUCUGCUGUGGAAGGAGAGCAUUCGUGUCUGGUGAACGUGUCCAGUUUCUCCGGUGACUGGGAUGAGGCUUUUGUGCACAGCCAGACAUCCGUUCAACCUUUUUACAACGAGCCGGGACAUUCAGCUCUCGUCUCAACAAUGAUCCAGACGAUCGACGUCCACUUUGUCCGCUUAGAUGCUUACCAGGUUCUUCGCCUCCCUUACCAGGACGGCAGCCACUUUGUAGUAUUCCUUCCAACACUGCAGGGCGGUUUGGCCGAAGUCCUUCACUUAUUGACUACAUGGAAGGACAUAAAAGAUGCCAUGGAGCGCACUGUCUGGACAUCAGACGUCACCGUCAUGUUACCGCGCAUGUGUCUCGUGUCGGACACAUUCGACCUGGGAACCGCUCUCAAGGGUCACCAUCUGGAGUCCAUAGUGGGAGCCCGUCGUGUUGUCCACAAAGCGGCCAUGGAAGUACACGAGGACGGCUAUCGUGGUCCACCCACUGUAUCAACCAUGUUGUCCAUAUGCACCAAUCUUCCGGCUAACGAUCCCGUUCACUUCGCAGUCGACAGACCCUUCCUCUUUGCAGUAAUCAGGACAGGAAUCAUCUACAUGAUGGGAGUCAUUCGAAAACUACCGCAAUAAUUGAAUAAAACGGUGCCCUUGAUGUGUGGCUCACUUGGAAGAGAGGCCAUUCAUUGUA